GCGCUCGGAGUGGCGACUCACCGGCAGCAGACAAGUGGCGCACACGCAGCACGACGACCGCGCUACCGAUUAAAAUAACAAAAGAUAAAUACGAAAUUAAUGCUAUUAAUGAGAUAAAACGAUUAGUGACGAAUAUUUUAUCCAAGAUGGAACACGGAAAGAAUGUUUGACUGAUUAAAAACAUUUUUGUGUUAAACUUUCAAAGUGAACACGAUGAGCAAGGAAAGUGACAUCAACUUGGAUGAGAUCCUGGUGGAGGUGGGACAGCUCGGCCGUUUCCAGAUCCGGUCCUACUGUUUGAUUUUGAUACCGAUUCUAUUCAGCGCCGUGUACAACAGUCAAUACAUCUUCGCGGCGGCUAACGUUCCGUACAGAUGUCGUGUGCCAGAAUGCGAAGCGACGCCACCAAAGUUCGAAACCAAUGGGUGGGGCAGCUGGGCACUUCCAGAUGGAGCUGGACGCUGCGAGCGCUUCGUGCCGAUUGGGACCACCUGUGCCCCGGAAUCAUUCCACCAGACCAACACCAAAACAUGCACCGGUUGGGUUUACGAGCACACCAAUAGCAUCGUAUCUACGUUCGACCUCGCCUGCGAAGAGUGGAAGCGGACGCUGGUUGGCACGUUACAUAGCGCCGGCCUGUUCUUUGCUUUACCGCUCACAGCAUACAUAUCUGACACAUUCGGUCGCAGGGUGGCAUUUAUUUUAACAGCCGUAGCUCCUGCUUUUGUCGGUCUGGGGCGCUCCUUCUCACAAAACUAUAUCACUUAUGUGAUUCUUGAGUUCCUCGAAGCGGUCGUCGGAGCUGGAGUAUACAGCUCAGGAUUUAUUCUUGCUCUUGAAAUGAUGGGUCUUAACCGGCGGGUCCUCGGAGGCAAUAUAAUAUCAUGCACGUUCGCCCUCGGUCAAGCCGUCGUCGCAUUGAUAGCGUGGGCAGUCCCCGAGUGGAGAACACUCACGAGAAUUAUAUAUACGCCGUCGUUUAUUUUUAUAAUAUAUUUCUUCUUAAUAGAAGAGAGUGUACGGUGGCUUUUGAGUAAAGGAAAAAAGAAGGAAGCUGCGAGAAUUAUAUUCAAAGCAGCAGCUGUCAAUAAGAGAAAGCUGUCUCCCGAAACAAUCAAACAAUUAACCGAAGAACCUAAUACUUCGGGUGACGAGACGGCUAAAAAACAAAGCGAGCCUGAAGAAAAGCAGUCAUCUCUAGCCUUACAAGUCUUAAGGUCUAGAGUGCUAAUGACGAGAUUAUGUAUUUGCUCGUUCUGGUGGAUCACGGUUACUUUCAUUUACUACGGACUCUCCAUUAACUCGGUAUCGUUAGCCGGAAACAGCUACGUUAAUUACAUACUGACGGCUUUGGUGGAGAUACCUGGAUACUGCAUGAGCGUUUUGACACUAGAUCGCUUCGGAAGGAAGAGUUCUAUCAUGACAGCAUUCUUCUUAUGCGGAAUCUCUCUCGUCAUCUUGCCCUUCGUUCCUGAAAAUCUGCAAUGGUUACAAACGUGUCUGAACUUGCUGGGCAAGCUGGCCAUCAGUAUGGCAUUCAGCAGUAUUUACAUUUACACGUCCGAGCUGUACCCCACCACGCUACGACAUAGUCUUGUAGCCGUGUGCUCCAUGUGCGGCAGAAUUGGGCAGAUCAUAGCUCCGCAGACUCCAUUACUGAUGGCAUACAUGGAAGCUCUGCCGUACCUGGUGUUCGGCGUGAUGGCCGCCACGUCCGCGCUGCUGAUGCUGCUCACGCCCGAGACGCUGCACAUGCGGCUGCCGGACACCGUCAAACAGGCCGAGAGGAUCGCCACCGCGCCGCGGAGCAACCGCACCACCGACGUCAUUGUAGAUUAAUUAACAUAACACUUAAUAUAGAGAUGAAUACAUUUAUUUUAUAAUUAUGAAGAGUACAAAAAAUACCAGUCAACCCGAGGUGUUUGAUGACAUCCAUGACAAGUAUGAGUAGUAUAUUUAGACUGGUAUCUGACUCGAUCGAUUUAUGACAAGUUAAAACACUCGUUGUAUUUGAUACAAUCGUAAUAUCUGAAAUAAUAAAAAAGGCCUGACUUCCCAGUUGACUUUUCACAGUUAUUUAACUAAAAGGUUCCAGUAAAAUGUAAUUAAAAUGUUGUAAGAGUAAUUUUUAAGCAUUUAAAACACUGAAAGAGCCCGGUUCAAUUCAACGCUAAUAAGCCGUAGUUCUGUCGAUAAAUAUAGUCAUCAGCUGAUGAUCACUAUGUAAUGGAAAGUUAAAGCAGCGUUUUGUUUUUUUAUUACACGGCCUCUAAUUUACGACUGCGGGAUUCGGUUAACUUGGAAAAUUAAAAUUAAAAUUGAGUAUUUUGUGAAGUUUCACAGCUUCCUGUAGUCAUUAGUAUUAAAAUUUUACAAUAACUUUACCUUAGAUACAUAGUAUGUGUAUUAAGAAAUAUUUUAAGAGCUUAUUGUAUUGAAAAUACAUAAUAUAUUUUGAUUUAUAUUA